AUGGGUGAAGUGAAGACCGAGGCGCCGUUUCUGGAACAACUUCUGGACGAGGUCACGCCAUCAGUGGACUUCACAGAAGGACUAAUAGGCAUUGCCGAAAAUAUCAACAUGGAGGAAGUUUACGAUAAUGGCUACAUAUUUACAUACGACAAAGACUCAUCAUGUGGACAGCGGAGCUUCUGGCGAUGUGAACGCAAAAAUGAAUGUCCGGCUCGAGUACACACUAAUCCGUUAACUAAUCAGAUAAUCAAAAGACUUCACCAGCAUUCGCAUGAGCCACCGAAUCCAGAUGAGUUGCCACCGUGGCUCCUGUUCAACAAAACUGAGGAGAGCGGAACUUCACCAUGUGGAGAAUACGCCCAGACAUCAUCUCCUCCUGGAACGUGCGUGUUACUUCCUUGUCCAGUGCUUCCUGGUACAUCUGCUAUGCAAAAUUUAAGUCAGCUAAUUGUUCAAACGGAGGAGAAGGCUAUAGCUGGCGAUCGCGAAGAAGACCUCGCCGAACCACCGCGAAAGCGAUUACGAAAAUUAAAAAAUCGCGAGCCACCAACGGAUGUGGUAUCCGUAAAAGAGUUGUUUUUGCAACAUCCAACGGAGUUUUGGGAAUUGUUCGAGGCUACACGGAAGAUGGUCGAAUUCUUGAAGGGUGACGAAAGUGCAUCAUCAGUAUCAUGCGUAACUUCCACUGAUACCGAAUAUGACUCUGCUGUCUCGAAAUUUCUUGACAGUAUUGAAAUGAGGAAGUAUAAAACACUUUUUGCAAAGUUUUCUAUGGACGUGAUGAAGUCGUUAAACACAGAGGAACUUACGCGUUUGUGUAGAAAUGAGGCGGAUGCUUUGUGCAUCUAUCAUUCCCUCAAAAUUCGGUCAUCAUCAUCACCCACUUCUUCCGCCGCCAUCAAGGUUUUUGUCCGUGAAUCACCAUCAGAGUUCGAUGAUGAGCCUAUGUUCCAAAUGGUGCUACUGAAAAACAGAACCAAGGAAGAAUUCGUUACAUUUCUGGAGAAGAAAGGGAUAAUCGACACAUCGGUUGUGGAACGGUUUUGUGUAUCUGGACCUGGAGGAAUCAAAGUCGAGUUAUCAGAUGAAAUAGUGGAAUCAUGGAAAAACGAGUCCGUAUUUCAAAUCGAUAUCUGUAAAGAUGUUUGCAAAUUAGAGCCAGCAACACUACGACGGAAUGGAAAAAACUAUGGAAACACGACAGUUACUGCUAAAACACAAGGCCAAAACUAA